AUGGUCGCUAAGAAGGUCCUCGUCGUUCUCACCUCUUGCGACAAGAUCCCCAAGACUGGCAAGCCCAUCGGCUGGUACCUGCCUGAGCUCGCCCACCCCUACGAUGUCCUCAAGGAGGCCGGUGUCGAGAUGACCUUCGCCUCCCCCAAGGGUGGCGUUGCGCCCCUCGACCAGGUCUCCGUCCAGAUGUUCGGCGAAGACCCCUCCUCCAAGAACUUCCUCGAGAACCACAAGGAGAUCUGGGAGAACACCAGGCCGCUGUCCGAGUUCGUCGGCAAGGCCUCCGAGUUCGACGCUAUCUUCUACCCGGGCGGCCACGGCCCCAUGUUCGACCUCGCCUUCGACGACGAGUCGCUCAAGCUCAUCGCCGACUUCGCCGCCCAGAACAAGCCCGUCGCCGCCGUCUGCCACGGCCCCGGCGCCAUCGUCAACGCCAAGACCCACGACGGCGAGUACCUGAUCAAGGGCAAGAACGUCACCGGCUUCUCCAACACCGAGGAGGACCAGGCCGGCUUCACCCCCGAGAUGAACUUCCUGCUCGAAGACCGCAUGAAGGAGGUUGGCGGAAACUACGCCAUCGCCGACGCGCCCUGGGGCGAGAAGGUUAUCACUGAUGGCGUUGUCAUCACCGGCCAGAACCCCGCUUCUGCCCACGGUGUCGGCAAGGCCAUUGUCAAGGCUCUUGGUCUGUAA